AUGAACCAGCAGCCAUUCAAAUUCAAAGCACCUUCCAAAGGCACCGUUAUCUUUUGUUCUGUCCUCUCCUUAAUUUCGGGAACGGUCUACUAUAGCAAGCAUCACGCAGCCGAAGCACGAAAAGCGCAAUGCAGCAAGGUGUCAUUUCUAGGUGAUCGCCCUUGUGGUGUCCAUGAAAUGCCACGCAAAGUUGUUGUGUAUCUUAUGGCUCCACCCGGUGAUCACAUGGAUAAGAGUCGUGCUUGGUUUCAUGAAUAUGUCAAGCCAAUUCUCGUUGCUGGUGCAGUGGAUUAUGAUGUCAUGGAGGGCAAGUCAAAGGGAGCUAUUGAAUCAGCUGUCAUUGAAGAAGUUGUACGACGACGAAGACAGCAAUUGGCAGAGAAAUCACAGCAUGAACAACAACAUCAGGAUGAAGCAGCAGCAUCAUCAUCACCAGCCGUACACAAUCCUUAUGCACCCAUCACGCCCGAGUCUCAACAACAACAAUAUCAACAAGUGACAUCGAUGAUGAACAAAACAAAGCAAGAAAACGACUACGAUGGCAUGUUGGCUAUUGGAAGACUUGCAUGGGGUGAAUUGUUACGUGGUAUUGAAAAGGGAUGCCAUAGCAGCCUGGAUGCACCAAAGCAACAUGAGGACAAGGACGAAUCAUCCGAUAAGCAACAAGAACAACAACCACUUGCAGUAGAAGACAACAACAACGUACAAGAGACCCAAGAACCCAUCUUGUACGAUGAACCUGUGCAUGAUGAAAACAACAACAACAACAAUGCAUUGUCGUCGAUGGUGGAUGAAAAGCCUGUUGUGUUGACGCCCUCUCUUUUCUCGCCUGUCAUGUAUAUCCCCCACGAGAACAUUAUUGGAUGGACCAAUAUUCCUUAUCGCAUUUAUCGUUGGAUCACGGAUUACACCCGGAUAACAGACGUUGGCCAAUACGCCGUGGCAGCUGUCCUUAAUGAAUCCAGACCUUUAAGAGAAGAGGAUGUUGAUGCAGGCAAUCAGGAAAAGCGGUAUUGGAUUGGUGAGGAUGCUGAAAAGGUGCUUGAAGAGGACACGCCAAUCACUUUGGAAGCAGAGGUGAAGAACGUCCUUCGUACCUAUGCCAGUGAGGAUCUUCCAUAG